GAUUCGCGCUCAUUACGAGCAACUUUCAGAAUUUGACAGAGGUCGUGUCAUUGGGUUGAAAGAGGCCGGUAGGACAAAUCGGAGAAUCGCUCGUCAUUUGAGUCGAAACGAUGCGGCGAUUCGAAGAUGCUGGCAAGGAUGGGUUGAAAAUGGCAGAGUUCAGCGUCACGAUGGUAGCGGUCGACCUAGGGCAACAACAGAGCAUGAAGACAGAGUGAUUGUCCGAGCAGCUGUCACAGCGCCUUCUUCAUCUCUAUCAACCAUCAGACGUUCAACCCAAACACCAAUGUCUACCACGACCACUCACAGACGGUUGGGAGAGCGAAAUAUACGCUCGCGGCGAUCGUUACGCCAUCUGCCACUUACGCCUGCACACUGCCGAGCCAGAUUACAGUGGUGCAUGACUCGAUCGGGCUGGAAUGCCGACUGGGGAUGUAUAGUCUUUAGCGACGAAUCCCGCUUCCAACUGUGCCCUGACGAUAAUCGAAGACGUGUUUGGAGACGCACAGGGCAGAGGGGUCAUCCUGCCUUCACUAAUGCACACCACACCGGCCCUCAGCAAGGCAUUAUGGUCUGGGGUGCCAUUUCCCUUGACAGCCGGACCCUUUUGGUCGACAUUAGAG